AAAAAGUUCAGCAGGCGAUCAAAUGCCAAUCACUUGUCACUCGAAAUUUGUCUAAUCUAUAUAAAACGGACCAGCCGCCUGUAAACAGCUCAGUCAAGCUCUUCGUCACAAUGAUUCGCUUCAUCAUAGUUUCAGUCCUCGUCAUUUCGUCUAAAGGAAUACAGCAACCUAGGCUGGUCUACCCGCGUCUGCUCGAGGAGCGAUCAGCUGACGGACGAAUGGUGCUGCACUUGCACGAUCAACUGACGCUCAAUCUCAGAAAGGCGUCGGUGGCAGCCCGCAAUUUCCGCGUCCUGGAACACGAAGAUGGACGUGAAGUCACACAUAUUUUCAACGGAAAAGACAUCGAACAAAAUCUCCACGAAGAUGAAAAGCAGUUCGCCACAGUGCACGUCACAAGUAGAGACAGCGGUGUCGAAGUUGAAGGUGUGGUCGGGCCAUACCACAGGAUCGAGCCGAUGCCCGAAAUGGAGAGAUCUGACCAAGGCCUCAUUCCGCACAUGAUACACGAAAUCGAGAAGAAGGAAAUGUUCGACAUUGAGAGGGCCCCGAGUGGGAAAGAUGCUUGGACCGUGAACGAGAGGAGUUACGGCACUGAAAGUGUUCCCGCAGAAGUUAUAAUAGAAAUUUUCAUAGUUUCCGAUAGCUUACACCACAAACACUUCACCACUACGCUUAAGUUGAUAUAUUACCUCUGCGUGACGAUCAAUUCUGUUAACAUGAGGUAUGCAGACACAAGCCACCCAAGGGUGACGUUUCUCUUCGUUGGAGUCGAGAAAGACCAGUUCACCACUUAUAAGAGCGGUACCGGCAAUUUGAUGGAAAGCUCAUCGUCUCUUGACGGAUUUCGGCAGCACGCACACGGCAAAAAAAGCGAGUACGGUAAUCCGGAUAUGGUGUACCUGAUGACUGGCCAUAACGUAUACUCCAAAGGGAAAGACGGCACGAAGAGCAUGAACGUGUUAGGCAUCGGCUUCCUAGGUGGCUUGUGCACCGACUUCUUCGUAGCCCUUGGUGAAGACGACGCUGGUCUCUACACCGGAAUGCAUACGCUGACGCACGAGGCGGCCCACGUGCUCGGCGCUGCUCACGAUGAAAGCCAGCCCGAACCGUGGAUUAAAGGUGACCCAGGAUCCCUAACCUGUCCUUGGAAAGACGGCCACAUCAUGAGCUAUGUCGACGGCGGAGUGAGACAUCAUCGUUUUUCAGAAUGCAGUCUGAAGCAAAUUCGAAACCUCGUAUUAUUGCGAGGAAGGUUUUGUUGGCUAGUAAUGAACACUGGAGAAACAAAGGAGGGCAGGUUCCCCGGAAUGGAAGUGGGACCCAACGAGUUCUGCCAAAGCGUCUUUCCGGACCAAAAAAAUGUGACCGCCGACAUGAAUUCAGAUCGUAUGAAAGACUGCAUGAUCAAGUGUCAAUAUCCCGUAAUCCGCAGACAAUGCACUAGUUAUAGAAAUUGUAUUGUGUACACGACGAUCACGUACCUGUACAAACACGCACUGGACUACAUGCACUGUACGAGCAAUAAGGUUUGCGUCAGAGGCGUGUGCGGGGGCAGCACGCUCAAACUGCCGCAAGCACCGGCCGCAAGCACCGCAAGCACCAAGAGCACAACACCAGAAGCGACAAAAACGCCCUCUACUGACGGCACCACGGAGUGUCGUUGCGACUGCGACUCCCCGAAGCCUAUCACUUCUCCAGUUUAUGGGCCACGGCCUACGACUCCUACUAGGUUGGCUACGAGAAAGGGCUGGAAAGGACUCAUACGGCGUCACUGACAAUAAAUGUGCU